AUGUUGGGGGUCAGACCUGUCGCCUUUUACGGUUGGAAGCCGAAAGCUCAGGAGCGGUUCGUAAAGUUGGGCCCGAAGGCUCGAUACAAGCAAGGCUGGGAUCGUCGUAGUUCAUCGGACAAUUGCUCCGUCCACAUCCGUCAACACCCGACAUACCACGUUCUCCGUGGGACUUGCACACCGUCGAUAGACCCCGAACCCAGGCCGCCUGCCGCCUGCCGCUGCUUCGACUGCCGCCAAGUAUCCGGCAGUGCCUUCGGUGUAAGUGUCUUGGUCCCAGCCGCAGCCUUCGCGUGUGACAAGGUCACGCCGACGAACUACGUCAGCACGCUUGACAGCGGCAACGAGGUCGUCAACCACUUUUGCGGGACCUGCGGCGUAACGCUCUGGGCUGACGGGACGUCUUCCCCGUUCAAAUUCGUCAAGGCCGGUGUUUUGGAUGAUCUUGCCGCACUGGACAUGUCGAAGUCCGCUGCCAAAAUAUAUACCUGUCGACGUGCCUGGUGGUGUUCGGCUUUGAAGGUAGCGCAGCAGAAGGAGAAGAUGUAG